UGGCGGAAUACCCAUAAUUUGUAAUUUGUUGUCCUUCACAUAUGUUUGGUGCAUUUAUGCAAUGGUCAAUGUGGACGUAGAAUACUGUGGAGCCUGUAACUUUUCGCUGCAGUGCCAGCUGCUGCGGCAGUUUCUGGUGGAUGCGGCGCCGGGCGUGCAGGUGUCCUGCCGUCAGGGACGACGCGGCUCCUUUGAGGUGACCAUAGACGAUCAGCUGGUGCACUCCAAGCUGGCCAGCUUGGCCUUUCCGCAGCAUCAGAGCGUGCUCGACCAGGUGCAGCGGGCGGAGCGCGGCGAGCCACUCGAAUCAGUGCAGGCGGCGCCCAUCAAGGAUUGCACAGUGAUGUAGCUUGAGAAGAAUGCGGAGCAAAUUAAUUUUUAGAGACAUAUAUGUUUAUUUUAUUAUAAAAAUAAUCAGCUGAAGGACAACUCAAUAAAGAUGGUUUAGCGUCUAUAGCGAUAUCGCUUGAAGUGGAACCACAGCUGAAA